UCUGACCAAGCAGCAGCCAUCCUGUCUCUGAAGUCUUUCUACGUCAAAGAUCAGCCUCCAGUCAAGAACAAAGACAGGCUGCAGCACAACCGACCUGCAAGAACACAAAGCCUCCAGCGUCGCCUUCUGCAGAGACGUCCAGUAUGUUCUGAUUCAAGGGUUGGUUUUGAAGCAGGGACUGCUUCCUCUCAGGCACCAUGCUGGCAGCCUUCACUCUGGCCUCUGUGGGGCUCCUGGUGUGGGCGUCAGACUCAUGUCCCCCGACCUGCCAGUGUUUUUACAAUCUAACCUCCGUCGGAUGCCAGAACCAAGGAUUUCAUCUGAUGCCCAAGUUGCCAGAGGCCACAGAAAAGCUCUACAUGUCGUACAACGAGAUACAGGAACUUCCCAGUCGUGGGCUGGAGCAGCUGGAGGUCCUGGACCUGACUAAGAAUCAGCUGCAUGUCUUCUCAUCCACCGCCCCAGUCUGGCCCAGUAUGCCAAAGCUGGUCAAGCUGCUGCUGCGGGACAACGGCCUGAAGUCUCUGCAGUCCGGCCAGUUCCUGCACUGUCCUGCUCUCACCCUGCUGGAUCUGAGCGAGAACCAGAUUGAAUUUGUGCCGGUCGGAUUCGUCGAGGGUUUAUCUCGAUUAAAGAGUCUGUUUCUGAACUUCAACCACAUUCAGGUGCUACAGGCUGGAGGACUGGAAGGAGCCCCGGCCCUCGCUGAACUCCUCCUCUCGCACAACGGCCUGACGCACAUAGAAGAAGGUGCUCUGGAGAACUCCACCAUGCUGGAGACUCUGAUUCUGUCACAGGGCAGAGUGACGAGUCUGGACGAGGUCAGUCUGAAAGGAGCGACGCGUCUGCAACGCCUCGAUCUGAGCGGAAACCAGCUGCUGAGCGUUCCAGCUGAAGCUCUGUGGAACGCCACCGGGCUCAGGAUCCUGCUUUUGAAGGAGAACAAGCUGAGCGUGCUUCCAGCGCGUUGCUUCUCUCCGCUGACCCUGCUCACGCAUCUGGACCUGAGCAACAACAGGCUGACCUCCCUGCCCGGGCGCCUGCUGAGGGGUUUGACCCGGCUCAGCGAGCUGGACCUCAGCGACAACCUCAUGGAGUCACUCCCCUCCGCCCUCUUCACGGACCUGACCAAUCUGAAGCUGCUGGAUCUGUUGAGGAACCGGCUGAGCCGCCUUCCCUGGGACGUGUUUGCAGGUCUGACCAACCUGCAGGAGCUGCAGCUGGACAGCAACCGCAUUUCUGUUAUAUCAGCUGGGGUAUUUGAUCCACUGUCCAAACUCCAUGAGCUGCAGCUGUCACACAACCGCAUCCUGGAGCUGCAUCCUGGUCUGUUCACCAAGCUGACGUCACUGCAGAACCUCUUCUUGAACGACAACCUUUUGCAACACCUCCCCAGAGGCCUUUUACACAAUAUGAGCAGCCUGAGGGAGCUCGACCUGAGCGACAACCAGCUGGAGUCUGUGCAUCACUCAGGCUUCCACGGUCUGCAGGGAUUGCAUUCGCUAAAGCUCUCUAAUAAUCGCAUCUCCUCUCUGCAUUCAGACCAGUUCAGAGACCUUGUGGAUUUAAAGGAGCUAACGCUGGAUGGAAACCGCAUGGAGCAACUUCCCACAGGUCUGUUCAUGAAACUCACAAAUCUCAGAACCCUGGAUCUGAGCAGCAAUCGUCUGUCAGCGUUAUCUCCUGAAGACUUCGUCACCUUGACCCGACUCAAGAAGCUCAGACUGAGCUCAAACCAGCUUCAUCACGUCCCGUCAAACGCGUUCCAUGGCCUCCACGGCCUCCGCAGCCUCCACCUGAACAACAACAGCCUGGAAUGUUUACACCCUCAGCUCUUUGCACAACUUUCAAACCUGAAAGAAGUCAAUCUGGAUAUGAACAAGCUGAAUCACCUGCAGCCUGACGUGUUCAGAGGCCUCACAAAGCUCCAGAAGCUGAGCCUGAAAUCCAACCAGCUCCGAGCGCUGGAGGGCGGUUUGUUGGAUGUCUUCAUGAAUCUGCCAACGGUGCAUCUGUCGGGUAAUGAGUGGGACUGCACUGACGCAGGCUUCAGACAGUGGGUGACCAAGCACAGGGACGGGACAGACCAGCCCGCCUGCUCCCACUCGGCCCCGGCCUCUCGGCCAGCGACGCCUCCACCGCUACAGCAACACUGCAACGCAAGUGCUGCGGGUUCGCUGUCAUUUCCUCUGGAGCUGCUGACUCCGCUCUCAGUGCUUCUCGUAGCGCUGAACACACUGUGACAUCCUCUGUAGUGGCUUUUCUCGUGCAAUUGUGUCAGUUUCAGAUAAUAAGAACAGCAUUUCCUCUAACGUGAUGCAUUAAGGUGUCGCCACAGUAAAACCAACAUGAUUUUGUAAGUUCAAUUCACAAUCUUCUAAACAGGAACAUGAAAUGACACAACAUGUCUGGUCCCAUAUUUCACCUAAUGUCAUGAGUAAAAUAUUAACCUACAAAAAUGUUUACCAGUUUAUCAGAGCUGAGAAAUGAACACACUCCACAGAGGAUAGAGGUUCGUCCUACAAAAGAACUAAAUGCUUCGUGAUCUGAAGCCGAUAUGAACCAUUUGAUGUUGGAUGAAGCUUCAGAAAAUAAAAGUGUGACAGCUGCCAGUAACACGGUGCUACAUUUUGUCAUUGCUGGUGGCACAGAGUCGUACCUUGAAAUAAAAACACAACACAU